AUGUGUCUUGCACUUUUCUUUGCCAUUGAUAAGUUGAGGCAUUAUAUGCAGGCCUUCACGGUUCAUCUAGUGGCAAAAGCAGACCCUAUAAAGUAUGUUCUAUCCAGGCCAAUCAUCGCUGGACGCUUAGCCAAAUGGGCGGUUCUACUCCAACAAUAUGACAUUGUCUAUAUUCCCCAAAAGGCGAUAAAAGGACAAGCGCUAGCAGACUUUUUAGCAGACCACCCAAUUCCUUCGGAUUGGAAGUUAUGUGAUGACCUACCAGACGAUGAGGUUUUCUUCACAGAAGUUAUGGAACCUUGGACUAUGUACUUCGAUGGUGCAGCUCGAAGAAGUGGUGCGGGGGCAGGCAUUGUCCUCAUUUCUCCUGAGAAGCAUAUGUUGCCUUAUAGCUUUGCACUUUCCGAAUUGUGUUCAAACAAUGUGGCUGAAUAUCAGGCUUUGAUAAUUGGCCUUCAAAUAGCAUUAGAAAUCGGAGUGUCAUUCAUAGAGGUCUAUGAAAAUAAGAGAGCGGAUGCAUUGGCAAAUUUAGCCACGGCCUUGACCAUGCCAGAUGAUGUAACUCUGAACAUACCACUUUGUCAACGAUGGAUUAUACCCCCAGUUAGGCCUGAAUGUCAGGAAGUGAACAUGGCAACAUCCUAUUUGAUUGAUGAAGAAGAUUGGCGUCAACCCAUCAUAGAGUAUCUUGAACAUGGAAAGCUUCCAAAGGAUUCUCGUCAUAAAAUUGAGAUACGAAGAAGGGCAGCACACUUCAUUUAUUACAAGGGAACUUUAUAUCGCCGUUCUCUUGAAGGGCUCUUCCUUCGAUGUCUCGGAAAGGAAGAUUCGGUAAAAGCUCUAAAGGAAGUACAUGCAGGUGUUUGUGGAGCACAUCAAUCGGGACCAAAGCUUCAAUUCCAGCUAAGAAGAAUGGGCUACUACUGGCCUAAGAUGAUCCAAGAUUCAAUAGACUAUGUGAAGAAGUGUGAGCCUUGUCAAUACCAUGCAAACUUCAUACACCAACCUCCAGAACCUCUUCAUCCAACUGUGGCUUCUUGGCCUUUUGAGGCUUGGGGACUCGAUCUGGUUGGCCCCAUUACACCAAAAUCAUCAGCAGGACAUUCUUAUAUCCUAGCAGCAACAGACUAUUUUUCAAGGUGGGCUGAGGCCAUUUCAUUGAGAGAAGCCAAGAAGGAGAACGUGGCAGACUUUAUUCGAACACACAUCAUCUAUCGAUACGGUAUUCCACAUCGAAUCGUGACGGAUAAUGGAAAGCAAUUCUCCAAUAGUAUGAUGGACAAGUUAUGUGAAAAAUUCAAAUUCAAGCAAUAUAAGUCAUCCAUGUACAACGCAGCUGCGAAUGGACUAGCAGAAGCAUUCAACAAAACAUUGUGUAAUCUUUUAAAGAAAAUUGUCUCCAAGUCAAAGAGGGAUUGGCAAGAAAAGAUCGGCGAGGCAUUAUGGGCUUAUCGACGACUCAUCGCACCCCUACAGGGGUUACACCAUAUUCGCUUGUUUACGGUGUGGAGGCUGUCCUUCCUCUCGAAAGGGAAAUUCCGUCACUAA